ACAGGAUCCAGCUGCCCUCUCUGCUGAGAAACGCAAUAGCCGCGCUGAAAUUGCUGGUCAGCUAGUCACUGUGUUGGCAACAAUGGCUCCAGUAAGCGCAGAUUCUUUGGCUUUGGUGGCGUCCACCGUCAGUACAGUUCUGACGAACAAAGAAGAUGUAAGUCGGGAUUCACAGGAAACUCUGAUCACUACCAUCGACAAAUUUGUCAACGCUCUUGACGAUCUGGUUGCUGAUCAAGGUACUACAAUGCGCCAGGAAGUUGUAGCCGGUGUUCUGAAAAAUGCCAUUAACUUGCUUGAUACGACCGUGUCACAAAUAGAAGAUGCAGUGCCAUUGGAUGUGGAACGUAACCCAAAGUUAAUGGACUACGAUACCGAUCUGGACAGUCCUGGUCUGUCCGGCAUGGGGGAAGAAGCAUUGGAUGAACUUUCAGUUAACAAUAAUGUCCGAGUUCAGUCAAAGACGGCUGCCAGUGCAUCAAACACAAUGAACAGAAUGUUGAAGAAACAAAUGGAAUUGCUUUCUCCAAUGCUGCUUCCUGGUGGCGAAGCUCUGACCACUGAAAUGGAUUCAGCUGUUCUAGGUCUCAUGAAACUUGAUUCGAAUUCAAAGAAAAAAACACCAAUGCCUGCUGGUAAAGGUGGAUCGCAGAUCACAGCACCGAAUCUCUGCCAAUCUUUGAGCGAAUCUGGACGUGAUUGUUCCCAAUCUGUUACACUUCAGUCGAUGGCUACUGAGGUCAAUCUGAAUUAUUUUAUCAAAGACCCACCCUCUGGUAUUCCAGUUGCACUCGAUUCUCCCACGGUGACCUUGAGUAUGUUUGACGAACACGGUCAGAUCGAGCUUUACCGAACCAACGAACCAUUUGAAAUAAUUUUGAAGAAGGGACCUAGUUUUAUCUCACCGGAAUUCACAAGUGUCGAUCCAACAACUGAAUUCCCCAAACUCCCGGCCUCUCGCAUUGCGGUAGAUAACAGCGAGGUGUACCAAGCAUUGUUGGUGACCGAAUUAGCUGUACCGGACGAACAGUCGGGUGUGACGUUCCAGCUCAAACCCGAAGAUCCGCAAGCAUGUCCGCAAUACUUAGUUGUUGUAAGUUUGCUUAAACCACCCGUCAUCUCACGCGCUGGAGGAAGCUUUGAUUUUUGGUCCAUGCUACCUCCAAAUACCGAAAAUUGCCGACAAGCAAACGCCAUCUGGGACCCCGACGAACAUGGUUACCUGUACACCUAUUUCCUGGACAACAAACUGCUAAAAGAGGCCAAACAGCGAGCCGUUGAGGCACUUGGAGAACGCAAACUGAGCCCAACUGAGUUGCAGAUGGUUUUUAUUGGUUAUCGGCAGCUUGAACCCUUGGAGCUGAAUCAAUACGGUCCAAGUAACCCCCCUCCGAUCCCCUAUUCGUUUCGUGGACAAAUAAAUAUUACAGCCAAGUCCCGUGCAUUCGUUUCCACCUGCGUCAGCACCGAUUCAGAAAAUCCAACUUCGUGGAAUUCACGUGGAUGUGAUGUUGGUCAGCUGACCACAGCGAAGCAAACCCAAUGCCUCUGUUACCAUCUAUCAACCUUUGCCUCUGGAUGGCUUGAACUACCCAACACAUUGGACUUUGAUUAUCUGUUCGCAAACAUGGAUUUCACCAAGAACCCUACGCUAUAUGCGACGGAGAUUGCGCUCGGCGUCCUAUUUCUGCUGCUCUUCAUUUGGGCCCGACGGAAAGACAUAAAGGAUAUCGAAAAGCUUGGAGUUACGCCACUGGCCGAAAACAAUCCGGAUGACGAGUAUCUUUACGAGGUGAUUGUUAGCACUGGGAUGCGUCGAGGUGCUGGAACCGAUUCCAGAGUGUGCUUCAUGCUGUCUGGGGAACAUGGAGAAACGGACGCGCGAGUUCUACAUGACCCACAUCGUAAAGUGCUGCAACGUGGAAACUGUGAUCGCUUCUUGCUUGCUUGUCCUCGACCACUGGGAAGUUUGAUAUAUUGCCGUAUAUGGCAUGACAAUUCUGGAAAAGGUGAUCGGGCAUCCUGGUACUGCAACUACAUCGGAGUGGUUGAUUUGCAAACCCGUGCGAAGUUUCACUUCAUUGUUGAACGUUGGCUUGCUGUCGAAGAGGAGGAUGGACAAAUUGAUCGUCUAAUUGCUGUUAGCACCAGAGAAGAAUUGAUGGCGUUCACUCACAUGUUCACAACCAGCAUAACGCAUGAUCUAGCAGAGGACCACCUGUGGGUUUCUGUGGUCGCGCGACCGGCCAGUAGUCGGUUCACUCGUGUGGAACGCGUCGCCACUUGCAUGCUGUUACUGUUCCUCUCCAUGUUGACAUCUUGCAUGUUCUAUCGAGGCGAAGGAGCUGCAAAACAACCAGAUCUUCUCACUAUCGGGCCAUUUGCACUCAGUGCACAAGAGGUAUUUGUCGCCUUCAUAAACAAUCUCAUCACGCUUAUCCCGUCGUUCAUUGUGACCUACAUAUUCCGGAAUUCGCGCUUAUACACAAGUCAUGCGAAGAAACUUCGUGAGGCCGUGGAGGAACACCUGGACGAAACGAUCGACGUAAGUCACGUUCCAGCAGUCUACUACGAGGCAAAAACGUCGGAAACUGCAGCUGAGGAAGAAGGAAAAGCGCAAAAUCUAGCAGAAAAAAGCACGAUGCAGAAAAGACAACGAGAGAGAUCCUGUCCGUGGCAAAUGCGCAUAUUUGCAUGGAUCUUUCUCAUUGUUUCUUUGGGUGUGGCAGUCGCAUUUACCACCUUUUAUGGUGUGAGUUUUGGCGAAGCCGUCUGUCAGAAGUGGUUGUCCUCACUGUUUCUGUCCUUCUUCGCCAGCGUGAUUCUGACGCAACCAAUCAAGGUAGUUGUACUCGCCUUGUUCCUGUCCUUUGCAUGCAAGAACAGCGAGAGGGCAGAUGACGUUGAGGUUAUGCAGGAAGAAGACGCCCUUAUCGAAGGCUUGGGGCGAAGGUAUCAGCUACAAAUGGACGAAGAAUACAUGCAUAGCGAUUAUUUGAUGAAUACAUUCAAACCAAGAAAGCUUGUGAUACUACCACCAGACCCUGAAGAACUUGAACGAGCCCGAUUGUACCGUUUGAAACAGCGGCGUGCCAAUGAUAUAAUCCGCGAAAUUUUCUUCUACGUAAUUUUCCUGAUCCUGUUGCUCGUGAUUACCAUGAGUUUCCGAGCUCCUUUUGGAUUCAGUCUGAAGAAACACCUUGAACAAUCCUUCUUUGAUGACGCAUUCACCGAAAUGAACACGGUGGAAGAUUUUUAUGCAUGGGCUCGGACAACGCUUAUUCCUCGCUUGAGAGCCAAGCGGUGGUACAAUCGCGACCCUCCAUUGUAUAUGCGUGGUUUCCUUGAAGAUAGGACGGAUCGGAUAAUCGGUUAUGGACUCAUGCGCCAGCUUCGCGUCAGGCCACACUCCUGCAAUGUCUAUAAAAUGGUCACACCAGUGAUAAAGUACUGCUACGCCACCUACGACAUGUUCCGUCAAGACGAACAGGCCUAUGGCGUCGGUUGGAUUCCUUUCCAGGGUGACGACUAUAGAAACAAUUCGAUGCUGGAAUUCCAGUACUCAACAGCUUCCGAAUUGGAUGGCGUACCGUACAUGGGCGAAACCAACUGGUACUCAGGUGGCGGAUACAGUCACAUGCUACGAGGAACACUGGAGGACAUGCUGAAGGCGAUAGACUUCUUGGAAUCCGUACACUGGAUUGAUUUUUGUACCAGAGCCGUGAUUGUGCAGCUCACCGUGUACAACCCGAAUAUUAACUUAUUCGCCAUCAUCACCGUGUUGAUAGAAAAACCGGGUGUUGGGACGCUAAUUCCAACCUAUCGAAUCGAAACUGCCAAUCUUUUUGGGACAACUGGAUCACAAGCCUCUGCACUCGAGAUCGGUUUCCAGGUCGCUUACAUUUUGGCUCUACUUUGCUAUUUGGUCAAAGAGAUCCGCAAUCUCUACAAACAGCGAUGUGGAUACUUCAGGGAAAUGUGGAACUACAUCGAAUGGUUCAUUAUUAUUGGUUCGUUUGCAGCCAUCGCAGCCUACGCGUAUAUGAUUAUUGCCACAAAAGAGGCAGUCGCUGAGUUUUCUCGUACGCACGGCAACAUAUUUAUGAACUUCCAGUUCCUUGCCUACUGGAACGAGGCCCUCACCUACUUGCUUGCAGUUAUAUGUUUCUUCGCCACGCUGAAGCUCGUCCGCUUGUUCCGUUUCAAUCAACGCGUGGGGUUGCUGGGUGCAGUUUUACGGUAUGCCGCGCACGACUUGAAAUACUUCAUGAUUGUGUUCAUGGUAAUCUUCAUGGCUUUUGUCUUGGUGUUUUAUCUUCUCUACACAGACACACUGGACGGUUUUCGCACGUUCCUUAGUUCUGUGGAAACCAGUCUUCAAAUAAUUUUGGGUAAAUUUGAUUUUACCAGCAUGUAUGAACGCGAACUCAUCCUUGGUCCGCUAAUGUUUGCAGUCUUUACGCUGUGUAUAAUCUUCAUUGUCAUCAGUAUGUUCCUCGCCAUUUUGGACGAGAGUUUCCACAGCGUAAUGCAGGAUAUCCGGUUGCAGUCGGGUGACCAUGAGAUGACUCAGUUCAUUCUCUCACAGUUGGUAGUUUGGACUGGGUUGAAUCGUACCGACUGGGGAAGGAGAUACGUUGGUUCGGUGACGGGGCCGCAGGAACCAAGCUACAGUGACGACUCAGAGAGGGAGCUGAGUCACAAACUGAAAGAACUCAAUUCAAUGAUGGAUGAAUUCCUAUGUUAUGUUCAAAUGAAUUACUUGGCCGAUUCAGAAAAGUAUGUAAAAUCCUCGGGUCCCGAGGAAAGCAGCGUGGUACUGAAGUAGGCUGCCAUGGGACCACGUCAUAAUCUCUGUUUCAUCGUUCCAUCUUACUUGCGCAUUGAUUCGUUGAAAUAACACGCAUAGACAACCUAAAUUUCUCACCUUCAGACAUUUCCAUCAGUCACGUUACACCCACCCGUCCUUUCCAUCAACGUCAUUACUGUCAUUGUCGGCACAUUUUUUCUGUGCAUUCUUUGUUGUGCAAAACAAGCUGGUAACUGUUACCCUGUGGUUUUUGAAAAAAUGCGAAAUAUCCGGAGUUGGAAGUCAAGAAAGACAGUCUGAUUCCUGACCUGAUGGGUGGUAGGUUAGCUACACGGAUACAGAC